AUGAAGGCCGAAUUAUUGGCUCUCUUUGCCCUGGGAGGUUGCUCCCUUGCCGCCAGCAUUGGCAACCCUGCCGUCGCCGACGCUCGCGUCGAGAGGCGCCAGGACAUCGACGGUAUCGAGACGAGCCUCGAAGCCCUGCUAGUCCAGAUCCAGGAGCGAACAGCCCAGAUCAAUGAGACUCUGAUCCCCGUGCGUGAUGCCGCUCCCGAGGAGGACGCCAAACCCGCAGCCGCGUCCAUCGCCCCUCAGCUGCAGGCCAUCUCGGACCUGCUGGACAAGUCGGCCACGCUCACUAAGCGCGCCGUCGUCGAGAGCCGCUUCGUCAAGGCGGACCUUAUCAAGACCGUCUCGCUCAUUCUCUGGGAGCUCCUCGGCACCGUAAAGUUUAUCCUCCUCAAGCUCGGUCUCGGCCCCGUCUUGUUCGACUUGUUACCCUUGGUCCUUUCUCUAGUCGGGCUUCUCAAGUCCCUUAACCUCGCCGUCGAUGGUUUGCUCAUUGCCGUCAAGUUCAUCGCCGACGACCUUCUCAAGGCUGUCGGCCUGGGUCUCCUGGGCCUCCUCCCAUGA